AUGCUCGGCUCGCUGCUGUCGACGGCGAGCUUGCCGCAUGGCGAGGCCCUCCAGCAGCUUCGCGUUUGGCUGCAGAUCGUGAACAGCGUGGCGCGUGCAGGGAUCUCGCUGGGUGAGGACGAGGAGGCGGUGCUGGACGACGACCUGGCCUGCUGCCGCUACCUGGUGGCGCGCGGCUGGGCCGUCCCUCCUGCUGCUGACAUGCUGCACGCCGCCUUGCUGUGGCGGGUGCGCCGUUCGCCUCCGGGCCCGCUCUGCGACCUCGACUCGGCCGACGGCGCCUUUCUGCGGCUCGAGGGCGGCCGGGGCAAGGUCUACGUUCCGGACGGAGUGGACUGCCAUGGGAGAGGCGUGCUCGUGCUCGACAACUCGGUGCAGCGCUCCGGCUCCUCGCUGCAGGCCUCGAUGCGCUACUUCGCCUUUUGCAUCCAGCUCGCGCUGCGGCAGGCGGAGCUCGCGCGCGCGCGUGGCGGUGGCGAGGGAGGGGCGCCUGCGCCCGGGCUGCAGGCCCCGCCGCCGGACAAGCUGCUGAUCGUCAUCAAGCUGCACCGCUUCUCGCUGCUCAACUCGCCGCCGCCCUCGCACGCCAAGGAGACGCUCGAGAUGCUCAUGAACCACUUCCCCGAGUCUGCGGGCCUCGCCGUCGCCUGCCCACGCCACAUCAUCGUCUACCGACCGCCGCGCGUGUUCUCCGGCCUGUGGGCCUUCUCCGCGAAGCUCAUCGACGCGAAGAUGCGCUCCAAGGUCCACUUCAUCUCCGGAUCCGUGGCCGACGGCUCCGCCAACGAUGCGCUGAUGCGGCGGCUGGCGGGCGACGGCUGGAAGCAGCUCUGCGGCUGCGAGCAGCCCUUCGUCUCUCCUGGCUGCACCGAGGGCUUCGAGCCGGACUCGUACUGGCGCGGCGUCGUGCAGCGCGAUCGCGCGUGGAGCGCACUCCGCGGGCCGAAGCCGACGAAGGGGAGCACACAGCUGUAUCAGCUCCUUACCGCCUACGUUUACGUCGACGUUCGGACCGGCGUAAAGCCGUAG